AUGUCAACACCCACUCCCGCCGCAAGCGGCACCGCGACCCCGGCCGUCGAGCUCAAUGCCGAGCAAGUUGCGCAAUCCCUCAAGGUCUCCCUCGCCGACCUGUCCGCCCAGGCCGCCGCCCAGUACGCGCAAAAGAACUACAAUGAGGCCGCCGAGCUGUACGCCCAAGCCGCUGAGAUGCAGGCCGAGAUGGACGGCGAGAUGAACCCUGACAACGCCGAGAUCCUCUUCCUCUACGGCCGCGCCCUCUUCAAGAUCGGCCAGAGCAAGAGCGACGUCCUCGGUGGUCGCGCGCCCGAGCCUAAAACCGAGAAGAAGGCCGCCAAGGCCAAGAAGCAGAAGAAGGCUGCCACAGAAGAGAACGGCGAGGGUUCAUCAUCCUUGAUCAAGGAUGCGGUAGAGCAGGCGACUAAGGGCGCGCAAGCUUCCAUCGUCGAGGCGGCCAAGGAGAUUGCCCACAAGGAUGAGCCUAAUCCGGAGAAGAAGCCUCUCUUCCACUUUGAGGGUGAUGAGAACUUUGACGACUCGGAUGAGGAGGAGGAGGAAGGUGAUGACGCCGAGGCGGAAGAGGAAGAAGACGAAGACGACGACGAUCUCGCUGUGGCCUUUCAGGUCCUUGACCUUUCGCGUGUUCUCUUUGAGAAGAAGCUCGCAACAUUAGAAGCUGAAGAGAAGCCCCAAGUAGAAGAAGGAAAGGGCAAGGAGAAGGAAGGGGAGGAGGCUGCCACUACUACUGAGCCAUCGCCUCUGAUCAAGCACAUCAAGGAGCGCUUGGGCGAUCUCCACGAUCUUCUUGCCGAGAUCUCCCUCGAGAACGAGAGAUACCCAGCAGCCAUCACCGACUCCCGCGCGUCCCUCAAAUACAAGCAACAGCUCUACACCCAAGACUCCGAAAUCAUCGCCGAAGCGCACUUCAAGCUCUCCCUCGCUCUCGAAUUCGCCUCGGUGACCAAGUCUUCCGACGACGACUCGACCGGCCCCUCAGAUAAAGCCGGAGCUGGCGUAGUAGACCAAGCUCUCCGUGACGAGGCCGCUACGGAGCUCGAAGCCGCCAUCGCCUCCACCAAGCUCAAGCUGCAAAACAAGGAAGUCGAGCUGGCUAGCACGCACAACGUCGAGGACAACGACGUCACAAAGAGGCAGAUUGCGGACGUGAAGGAGGUGAUUGCGGAUAUGGAGCAGAGACUGAUUGACCUCGGAAAGCCGCCUAUUGAUAUCAAUGAGGCGCUUGGCAUCGCGGCGCCGGUGUCAGGAAGUGCUUCCAAGGAUGGAGAAAGCCUAAAGGUGGCUGAGGAGGUCAAGGAGAAGGCGAAUGAUUUGACGGGGUUAGUGAAGAGGAAGAGGAAGGCUGAGAGCAGUGAGUCUGCUGCGCCGGCCGAGGAGGGUGCUCCUGAGGCCAAGAAGGUGAAGGAGGAGUGA